UAGCUACCAAAAGUUAUUCUACGCCGAUGUGCUAAGUUGUCUGUGGAAAAAGUUAUUCGAGGUACAAAGACUUAACAUUUUCUCAACUUUUCCAAAAAAUUCCUCAUUUUGCCACUUUGGAUGCUUAUAACUCGGUCAGUUUCCAAUGGAUCUUCAAUUGUAGCACAUAUUUGGAUAGAUCUGGUCAUUAGCUACCAAAAGUUAUUCUACGCCGAUGUGCUAAGUUGUCUGUGGAAAAAGUUAUUUGAGGUACAAAGACUUAACAUUUUCUCAACUUUUCCAAAAAAAUUCCUCAUUUUGCCACUUUGGAUGCUUAUAACUCGGUCAGUUUCCAAUGGAUCUUCAAUUGUAGCACAUAUUUGGAUAGAUCUGGUCAUUAGCUACCAAAAGUUAUUCUACGCCGAUGUGCUAAGUUGUCUGUGGAAAAAGUUAUUUGAGGUACAAAGACUUAACAUUUUCUCAACUUUUCCAAAAAAAUUCCUCAUUUUGCCACUUUGGAUGCUUAUAACUCGGUCAGUUUCCAAUGGAUCUUCAAUUGUAGCACAUAUUUGGAUAGAUCUGGUCAUUAGCUACCAAAAGUUAUUCUACGCCGAUGUGCUAAGUUGUCUGUGGAAAAAGUUAUUUGAGGUACAAAGACUUAACAUUUUCUCAAUUUUUCUAAAAAAAUUCCUCAUUUUGCCACUUUGGAUGCUUAUAACUCGGUCAGUUUCCAAUGGAUCUUCAAUUGUAGCACAUAUUUGGAUAGAUCUGGUCAUUAGCUACUAAAAGUUAUUCUACGCCGAUGUGCUAAGUUGUCUGUGGAAAAAGUUAUUUGAGGUACAAAGACUUAACAUUUUCUCAACUUUUCCAAAAAAAUUCCUCAUUUUGCCACUUUGGAUGCUUAUAACUCGGUCAGUUUCCAAUGGAUCUUCAAUUGUAACACAUAUUUGGAUAGAUCUGGUCAUUAGCUACCAAAAGUUAUUCUACGCCGAUGUGCUAAGUUGUCUGUGGAAAAAGUUAUUCGAGGUACAAAGACUUAACAUUUUCUCAACUUUUCCAAAAAAAAUCCUCAUUUUGCCACUUUGGAUGCUUAUAACUCGGUCAGUUUCCAAUGGAUCUUCAAUUGUAGCACAUAUUUGGAUAGAUCUGGUCAUUAGCUACCAAAAGUUAUUCUACGCCGAUGUGCUAAGUUGUCUGUGGAAAAAGUUAUUCGAGGUACAAAGACUUAACAUUUUCUCAACUUUUCCAAAAAAAUUCCUCAUUUUGCCACUUUGGAUGCUUAUAACUCGGUCAGUUUCCAAUGGAUCUUCAAUUGUAGCACAUAUUUGGAUAGAUCUGCUCAUUAGCUACCAAAAGUUAUUCUACGCCGAUGUGCUAAGUUGUCUGUGGAAAAAGUUAUUCGAGGUACAAAGACUUAACAUUUUCUCAACUUUUCCAAAAAAAUUCCUCAUUUUGCCACUUUGGAUGCUUAUAACUCGGACAGUUUCCAAUGGAUCUUCAAUUGUAGCACAUAUUUGGAUAGAUCUGGUCAUUAGCUACCAAAAGUUAUUCUACGCCGAUGUGCUAAGUUGUCUGUGGAAAAAGUUAUUCGAGGUACAAAGACUUAACAUUUUAUCAACUUUUCCAAAAAAAUUCCUCAUUUUGCCACUUUGGAUGCUUAUAACUCGGUCAGUUUCCAAUGGAUCUUCGAUUGUAGCACAUAUUUGGAUAGAUAUGGUCAUUAGCUACCAAAAGUUAUUCUACGCCGAUGUGCUAAGUUGUCUGUGGAAAAAGUUAUUCGAGGUACAAAGACUUAAAAUUUUCUCAAUUUUUCCUAAAAAAUUCCUCAUUUUGCCACUUUGGAUGCUUAUAACUCGGUCAGUUUCCAAUGGAUCUUCAAUUGUAACACAGAUUUGGAAAGAUCUGCUCAUCAGCUACCAAAAGUUAUUCUACGCCGAUGUGCUAAGUUGUCUGUGGAAAAAGUUAUUCGAGGUACAAAGACUUAACAUUUUCUCAACUUUUCCAAAAAAUUCCUCAUUUUGCCACUUUGGAUGCUUAUAACUCGGUCAGUUUCCAAUGGAUCUUCAAUUGUAGCACAUAUUUGGAUAG